UUAUUUCAGUCAAGCCUAUUAACAUGUCGUGGGUGUGGGGUACUGUUAUUGCGCUAUCUGUGUUUGCAACGACGGAAAUUGAAAGUGCUAGAAUAUUAGCAUACUUUCCUACGCCAUCAAUAAGUCACCAGGUAGUGUUCCGUCAUAUAACGAAAGAAUUAGCCAGGCGUGGACAUGAAGUCACCGUAGUCACAACCGAUCCAAUCCCAAAGGAACAAGAACCAGAAAAUAUGACACAACUUGAUGUGCACGACGUUUCAUAUAAACAUUGGGAAGAAUUGUUUUUGAUGCAUAAAGGCAAGAAGCAAGAUAUUUUACAUCAGGUGAACGUACUAUUCGAAAAAUUAGCGACAGUUGUCAAAAUACAAAUGGAAACACCGAAUGUUCGAAACUUUUUAAAGAAUAAGGAUAGCAAAUAUUUUGAUUUACUUCUCCUUGAAGCUAUGAAUCGUCCAUUAAUUGGUAUCGCUCAUUUGUUUGAUGCUCCUAUCAUUCAUAUCAGUUCCUUGGGUGCAGUACCACAUCAGUAUAAAAAUUUCGGUGCGCCAAUGCAUCCAUUAAUAUAUCCCACACCUGGCAGUUUUAGAUCAUAUAAUUUAACUCUUUGGGAAAAGGGUUUUGAACUGAUCAAAUAUUUAAUAUUAGAAUCUACGAUUUCAAAUGCAUUAGAUUUUGAUAUUAUGAUAAUGAAAAAAACAUUUGGUGAUGAUGUUCCAACUAUUGAAGAGUUGGCAAAAAGAAUUCAAAUGUUGUUUUUGAAUGAACAUCCUAUUUGGGCUGAAAAUCAUCCAGUACCACCGAGUAUGAUUUUCAUCGGAGGUAUUCAUCAGAGUGAAGUUAAAGAAUUGCCUAAGGAUCUCAAAAAUCAAUUGGAUCACUCAGAACAUGGCGUUAUAUACGUAAGUUUUGGGACAAACGUUAAACCAUCAUUGUUGCCACCAGAGAAGAUUCAAAUAAUGACGAAAGUUUUCUCACAAUUAAAAUACGAUGUUCUGUGGAAAUGGAAUAACGAUGAAUUACCUCCACUAUCAAACAAUACGAAAAUAUCUAAAUGGUUUCCGCAAAGUGAUCUUCUAAAACAUCCAAAUGUUAAGCUAUUUAUAACCCAAGGAGGACUCCAAUCUACAGAUGAAACUAUUAACGCUGCAGUUCCUGUUAUCGGUAUCCCAAUGUUAGGAGAUCAAUGGUACAAUGUUGAAAAAUUUAUUCAUCAUAAGAUUGGUCUUCAACUCGAUAUAACAACAUUGACAGAGAAAGAACUCAAAGAUGCUAUUACAACAGUAAUUGAAGACAAGAGCUACAAGAACAAUAUAAUUAGGCUGAGAACCCUUAUGAGAGAAUUUCCCGUCAAGCCACUGGAUAAUGCCAUAUGGUGGAUAGAACACGUCCUCAAAUAUGGCGGAGAACAUCUUCAAAGUCCAGCGGUUCGAAUGAGCUGGACUGAAUAUUAUGAAAUAAAUCUAGUGCUUAUAGUUUUAGCUAUAUUAGUGGUAAUUUUAGUAUUACUCAGUUAUGUAUUAAGAUUUGUUUUAUCAAUUGCUUACAAUAUUUAUAUUACGGACAAAAAGUUAAAAAGUUUUUAAGCAUA